CAAUCCGUCCACACUGUAAAGCUGCUGAGGUCACGUGACGUAACUUCCACACGCCCCCUGGGUGAUUGUAGCUCAUACUGCAGAUCAUGACGCACUGACCGAGCUCCAGGGUGAGAAGAUGGCUCCGUUUCCAGACGAGGUGGAUGUUUUUACUGGCCCGCACUGGCGAAUGAAACAGCUGGUGGGCCUGUACUGCGAAAAGCUGUCACAAACCAACUUUUCCAACAACAAUGAUUUCCGCUCAUUCCUUCAGUCCCUGUGCGCCACCUUUAAGGAGUUCAAGAUGCACGAGCAAAUCGAAAACGAGUACAUCAUCGGCCUGUUGCAGCAGCGCUGCUGCACUGUGUACAACGUACACUCCGACAACAAGCUCUCAGAGAUGUUGUCUCUCUUCGAGAAAGGGCUGCACAAUGUGAAGAGUGAAUAUGAGCAGCUUAACUAUGCGCAGCAGCUGAAGGAGAGACUCGAUGCUUUUACACAGGACUUUCUGCCACAUAUGAAAGAAGAAGAGGAGGUGUUUCAGCCCAUGCUAAUGCAGUACUUCACCUAUGACGAGCUCAAGGACAUCAAGAAACAAGUGAUAGCUCAACACUCCAGCCAACAACAACUGGACUGUGCCGCUGAGGUGUUGAAAGGCUUCCGGCUAUGGAGCCAAGCAGAGGAGCUGCAUAAAGCCUUUAAAUAUUCCGAUCACGAGAAGAUAGAUUAUGAACUAGAAAAGAAACAGGAUUCUUCAACCCACAUCUCCCAGCUUCCUACUGAAAUUAUGCUGAGGCUGUUCCGGUAUCUGGGUCCUGCAGAUCUGUGUCGCUGCAGCCAAGUGUGCAGCACUUGGUCUGAACUAGCCAAGACUGGCUUUCUGUGGAAGCACCUCUACCCUGUGCGCUGGGCCAGAGGUGAUUAUUACAGCGGCCCCCCUGGAGAUUUAGACCAGGAGCCAGAUGAGGAGUGGGUGAAGAGUCGGCAGAAUGAGGGUCGGGCCUACCAGGAAUGGGACGAAGAUGCUGAUGUCGAUGAGUCUGAUGUGUCAAGCUGCUCAGAGGGUUCCCUGGCAAUCAGCACUGCUCAGAGAGAGAAGAGGCUUCUGAACGGGAUCAUCCAGAACCUACUCCCAGCUGUGGGUCAGUCUGUCAAGUCCAUUGUUCUGGCAUACAGUUCUACCCUUUCUAGUAAAAUGGUUCGCCAGAUUCUUAAUCUCUGCCCCAAUAUCACUCAUCUAGAUCUGACCCAGACUGAUGUGACAGAUUUUGCAUUUGAUAACUGGUCGUCUUUUGGAGCCUGUGCUCUGGAGCACCUGGACUUGUCCGGCUGUGAGAACAUCUCCGAUUACACUUUGCAGAACCUGAGCGUCGGGUUAGGUGAACUUGCAUCGUCCACCUGCUUUGACAAACGCCCCGAGCGAAGAGCCAAGCUUCCUAAAUCAUCCCCAAUGCCCAUCACUCUCAUGGAUGAGAGAAGCCUCCACCCUUUGCGGCGGAAGCAACAGGCCAUCAUUUUUAAACAAGGGACAGGCCGUUCAAUGCCCACACACGUGUGGGUCCUGGACACCACAGACCUCGCUGAUAUUGAAGAUGCUGCAGAGUGGAGCCGCCGUGGUGGAAUGCCUCUUCCUAAUACAGAAAACUUUGUAGAGACACAGCUUGUGGGUGACUCGUGCUGUUGCAGAAGGAGCAGGAUGCAGGGGCACAGGACUGGCUCGAACGCCUCCUAUUUGCAUCAGCAGUAUACCAUGUCUGGGGAAAUGUUCUGUGGUCACUCGACCUGUUGCACUAGUGACAUGGCCCUCAGGACGUUUACCGGGCCCCAGUGUAAAUCAGGCAUCACCAGAAACACCACUGCUGAAAAUCGGACUAAAUGCUCAUUUAGGAGCGUGCAGUGUCUGGAGCCUGAAAAUAGGACUGACGAGUCAAAGGCAAGACGCUCACUGAGAUUUCUCAGCCUCUCUGGAUGUUAUCAAGUGACCGAUUUGGGUCUGAGGGCUCUGUCUCAGCUUGGUGGGCUUCCUGUCCUGGAACAUCUCAACCUGUCAGGCUGUCUCUUAAUCACAGAGGUGGGCCUGCAAGAGCUGGUGUCAGCCUGUCCCUCCCUCAACGAUGAGCACUUCUAUUACUGCGACAACAUCAACGGUCCACAUGCCGACACCGCCAGCGGCUGCCAGAACCUCCAGUGUGGCUUCAGAGCCUGCUGUCGCUCAGGAGAGUGACCUGGGCAAGCGAUGUUCUUCUAAAAAUGUCACGACUCCUGUUUGUUGCACUUUAUCCCAGGAAUAUCAUUUGCUGUAUUUUGUCACUUAAGAUGUUUCUAGAUGCUCCUGUUCUUUCCAUUUAUGUCUUUAAUUAGAUGUAAACAAUCCUUUAGAAAAGAAGGGUGUGUGGGGGCGUAAAGGAUUGUAUGAUUCUGUGAAUGUAAGUCAUGGGGUUCUUCUGUUUUGGCUUUGAAAAUGUAAUAACUAGAAACAUCAAUUUCAAAUUUGGUGUUUUGUGGUGAAACAAGUAUUUUUUUCUUUACAAACUAUAAAGACUUGCCUAUUUCACCUCUUGUUUAGUUGACACAUGCAUCAUCAGAUUAGUGUGAACUCAAGUCAGAAUUCAAAGUAUUUAUUAUCAUAGGCAGUACAUUUUUUUAACAAAUUAUUUCUUCCUUUGCUGUCCUAGGAAUCAAACAGUUUUGACUUAAACAUCUUUACUAUUUAUUGGAGAGUAAAGUGUGGAAAAUUAAACAGGAGUUAAGUGAA